GGUAAAAAUGUCAGCCUCCAUGUUUUAAAUCGUGUCAAUAAUUACAGAUCAAGACACUGCCUCUCAUGAUGGAUGAUGACGAUUUUGAUGACUUUGGUGGAUUUGAGGCUGCUGAACCCGUUCCCCAGGCCCCAGUUCCUACGGCAAGUCAGGGACAAGAGGCCAGUCCGUCCCCCUGGGCUCUGAUCACAUCAGGUUACAGUAAUGUUGGAGCUAAACCGGACUUAUUGUGUAGAGAGAACAAGUUUCCAGAGGUGCUUGAUCCCACAGUGACCAGAAGUCAAGGGGUGUCCAGCCAGGAUCAAAAUGGGAGCACAGGCCAGCAUAUAGAAGAGGCCAGUGGAAGUUCUGCUUCAUUUCAGGCAUUUGAGGCAGAGUUCCCCACAGGAGCAAAUGAUUCCUUAGAUGUCAACCUAGAUGAAGUCACAUUGGCUAACAACAUCCUAGAUGGUCAAUUCCUUCCCUCUUUCCCUGCGUCCAGUCAACGGUCACCCAACACAGUGUCCAGUAGUCAGAGUAAUCGUCCAUCUUUAGCGUCUUCUGUCAGUCAACAAAGUUCUAUAGAUAGUCAGAAAGGGAUGAAAAUGGAAUCUGUGGUACCCCCAGAAAGUUUACGCCAAAACUCUGCUCAAGGCCAAAAUCAUACUGACCCAGCCUUAGUUGAGAGGCUAGGAGUAAUACAAAACUUGUCACAAAUAGACCAGGUGUUUCUACCUCAGUCAAACAGUGGCCGGUCAAGAGCAUCAAAUUCUUUCUCUUCUGACCGAAGGUCAUCGUCUGGGAUAGAACCUGCUGCAGAAAGGAAGACGUCUGUUUCAAGCGAAAAUUCUUUUAAACAAGACACUUGGGAGUCGGAUCUGUUCAGCACAGUUCAGACAAGUGUUGCUAGGACGACGGUUGUAUCAAAAGAGACAUCUGGAACAAGACUGUCAUCCUCACCAUCUAGUAUUCUGUCGAGUAUGACAGCACCCACAACAAAAAGACAGGAGGAAACCUCUGUACCUAACCAGGCUGUAAUUCAGGAGAUGAAACAGAUCCGAUCAGAAAGCCAGGCAGCGGUCAAGUCUGUGGUACAAGAAUAUAAGGACAUGAUGCAGACAACUAUUCGGAGCGAGCGAGAGACAAUGGAGGGACAAGUCCGUGUGUUGAUACAGGAACAGGAAGACAAGUUUAAGAGCAUGCUCAGUGAACAGCGAUCUCAUUUUGAGGAAAAGUUGGCUGAAGAACGAAUCAAAAUGGCAGAAUCAAAGAAUGCCGCUCUCAAGGAGAAGGCUGAAGAACUACAGAAAGAAUUUGAGGAUUUUCUGAAAAUGGAGCGAGAGAAAAACCAGAACAAUCUACAGAGUGCUUUAGAGGAAGAAAGACUAGAAAACAGCAAGAAAGUCAUGGAAGCUUUAGAGCAGGAACGAGAAAAAAAUAGAAAACAACACUUAGAACAGAAGGAGCUGUUUAGGAAGGAGCUGCAGGAGCAACAGCAGAAACAUGAAGAUAUUGCACUGAAGUCUUUAGCAGAUCAGCGGGAAAAGUUCCAGGUCAUGCUGAAAGAGACUCUGGAAGAGGAAAGAAGGAGAGGAGAAGAGGCUCUGCGUAUCAAAGUGGAACAGAUAGAAUCGAAAAAAAUGCUGGACAAUAAAGUCCACAGGAGACACAUGGCCAGUUUGGAUGUUUUCCUGGAGGGCGCUCGUCAGCAACUCUCGCUUCUCAUGGACAAGUCAGACUCAUCGGAUGUUGAGAUGCUGCCAUUGGACAGUUGAUACAGUUAGAGAUUUAACUACUAAAUCAUUCCUAUGAUAACUCAUAUCCAGCCUGAUUCAUCCAUCUGGCUGAUCAGAAGUGCUUUGGAAAAUAUUUCUUCAAUCUGAUUUUAUGGAUGAAGUUGAAACUUGAUUUGUUUCCUCUAUGUUAAAUUAGUAUAACAUAAGAAUAAUGUAUUAUGUGUUCUGAAUAUGUUUCUGGAUUUUAUUCAGCUGAGCAUUUGUUUAAUAUUAUAAUGACUUUCUGCUCUUGUUCACAAAUAGUUGUUCUUGAAUGAACAACUGAGUCGGGAGCCACUUUCUGGCUCUAAUGAGUCGGGAGCCACAUCCUGGCUCUAAUGAGUCGGAAGCCACAUUCUGACUCUAAUGAGUCGGGAGCCACAUUCUGGCUCUAAUGAAUCAGGAGCCACAUUCUGGCUCUAAUGAGGCGGGAGCCACAUUCUGGCUCUAAUGAGUCUGGAGUCACAUUCUGGCUCUAAUGAGUCGGGAGCCACAUCCUGGCUCUAAUGAGUCGGAAGCCACAUUCUGACUCUAAUGAGUCGGGAGCCACAUUCUGGCUCUAAUGAGUCUGGAGCCACAUUCUGGCUCUAAUGAGUCGGAAGCCACAUUCUGACUCUAAUGAGUCGGGAGCCACAUUCUGGCUCUAAUGAAUCAGGAGCCACAUUCUGGCUCUAAUGAGUCGGGAGCCACAUUCUGGCUCUAAUGAGGCGGGAGCCACAUUCUGGCUCUAAUGAGUCUGGAGUCACAUUCUGGCUCUAAUGAGUCGGGAGCCACAUUGUGGCUCUAAUGAGUCGGGAGUCACAUUCUGGCUCUAAUGAGGCGGGAACCACAUUCUGGCUCUAAUGAGUCGGGAGCCACAUUCUGGCUCUAAUUCUCAGGCCUUCACUUGGUUUCUAAGGAGGCAUAUAAUCUUUCCUGUGAUAUAAUAUAUAUGUCUUUUGUUAACAGUUGUUUCUUUCAUUCAUUUAUAUAUAUUAUGUCUUUGUCUUAUAGGAAUAUAUACAUUAUAUGUUCUCAACAGAAAACUUCAGAUUUACAUAUCUAAUUAAGACUGAUGAAGCACAUUUUGUCAAAAAUUACUUUUUAUUUUAUAAGAAUAUAACUACAUCAUUCCAUUUUACUUGAUUGAAUUAUUAGAAGAGGAAAAACUACAAUCUGCUAAUUUGAAGUUUAUGUUACUUUUUAUAACUUGAUCUCAUCAGAUAAUCUGUUUAAUUAAGUGAUACAUGAAAUACACUUUCAUGACCGUUAAAUCUCUCUACACUGAACCCUACAACAGAAUAUCGUUAUAUAGAGGUAGGAGACAGGUUACAUAGGAACAGUCUUAUUUCUGUCAUAUAAAUCAGACAUGAAUAUGAUAAUUUAUAUCUACGUAUAUGUGUAUUGGAGGUUAGACAUUCACCACUGAAUAUAUAUUGCUACAUGUCUACAGUGUAUCCCUUGCCAAAUUUAUUCCACAAGUUUGUUGUGUUGAGGCGGGGUCUCUUUGCAGUAGCUGGUAGCUACCUUGCUGAAUGAGAGCAUAUCCAGAGCAAUCAGGAUAAAUUGUCAUACCCAUUCAUCAGCACAUAUAUAGACUGUUCUGUUUCUCAACUGUUCCUUAGACACACAAACCGCCACGGGUAGGGAAAGGUGAACCACACCUCUCGGAUCUUACUAGGUUACUUAGGCUGACACUAGUACUGUUCCACAUGAUAUGUAUUAAUUCUAUAGUUCUAUCUUGAUGUGAUAUACGAUACUCUUUUCACCUAAAUAUUGAGAUUUUUAUAAAAAGGAUAUCUGUAUAAAUGUGAUGACAUAUCAUUGAAACAUAGUUGUACAUUAUUGCAUACUAAAUCAGUGUGUAAAAAUACAAAUACUUCAGCUUUAACCUGCUAUAUACCUAUGUUAGAACCUUUGUUGUUUUCAUUCAGGUCCCUGUUUCCUCAAUACUCCUUAAAUUAAGGAUUUUUUUUAUAAUUAUUAAAAAGAUUCCGUGAUUGGUGUUUCUCUGAAAAGCAUUACAGAAUUUCAGGAAAGUUUCUUAACUAAGAUUUUUUCCUUAAAUCCAAUAUCAAUGAUUUCCUUUGGGAAAUUGUAAGUUCAGGAAUAUACUUUUAUUUAAAUUAAUUUUUAUAUAUUAAGGAAUGUUAAUGAAAUCGGGGCUAUAUCAUCUAUAAACUUUAAACAAUUAUUUUGAGUUUAAAACUAUUAACAAAAUGUACUCAAUACUCCAUAUAUUGAAAGACAUUUUCCAGUUCUGAGAUUAUUAAUGUGGUUUAGUAAGAGUGAUCUCACUAUGGAGUUAUUUUUGUUUUUGUUUUUAUUUCAAUACUCCUUUGUUGAAUUACCAUACUUGUUCAGCAAUAAGCCCAGGUCCCAUUGUCUGAAAUCAGGUCGGAACUGAUUAUAUGGAGUGUUUUUUUUAACAUGGGCUUAUUGCUGAAUAUAUUGUAUUCCCUUGUUUAUUUUUAUUAUAAUAAUUGUGAACUUGGGGCAUUAAAGUGUUGUCCACUGCACUAGUUGCCGUAGCUGGGGGUACAGGUAUUUGUGGACAAAAGUGUGAUUUUUUUUCAAGACUUUUAUAGCAGUCAUACACUUCCUUAUUGUUGAUUUUUCAUGCCCUUACGUGGAUUGUUUUAUUAUAAACUUUUAUAAUUAAUCUGAUUGAUAUAAAAAUGAUUGAUUCUCGUCAUGCUCACCAUACUUAAUGAAAAAUCACAGUCGUAUCCACUAUUACCUAUGAUUUACUUUCCUAUUUUUCUUCCAGAAAAAUAUCUUAUUAAUAAUUACUAUAUAGAUAAACCAUUUUUUCUAUCGAAACUAACCAGAUGCAGACUCCAGUGGACAAAUGAGCAUUCACUACACCUAAAUUUUGUUUAUUAUGAUCACUGCCAUAUAUACAUCAAAAUCAUCGACUUGGCCUUUAAGAUUUGUAAAAUUGUGUGUAAUUGAUUCAGAAAUGAAACAUCGCUUGCCUAUAUUUACACAUAAAUCUUCGCUUAGGCUACACAAGCAGAAAAAUGUGUUUGUAUGUGUAGUGUGUUUACAAAUCUAUUUCCGAGCCAUCUGAUUUGUGCAGCUCUAUAUAUUGCUUUGCAUGCUUUUUUUUCAUGCAAAUUUACCUGUAAUGUCUGGAGUAGGUGAUAUGUAUAUGUGUGGCAUUGCUAUUUGGUAAAGUAGACAGCUAUGCAUUCGUUGUGUUAUGAUUUAUCUGAAAAUGAUGCUUUUAAUCACAGGUGAACUAUUGUAAUGAAUUAAGUGAAAUGUGAACACUAUUCAAACAUACAAACAGAUGCUAUUAUUGAUAAUUCUUAGUUACACAGUAGAGUGAUGGAAAGUUGAAAAUUGUUCGUCUGUGUCAUACUGUCUCUGUCAUUCAUUUGUCUAUACACAUUCUCGUUGUCGCUUCACGCCCUCCAAAUAUAGAAGAUACACAAACAUCAGCUAGUUUCACGUUUCUAAUACAUAAAUUCAUCGUAAGUAAACAUACAGUUGUUAUUGAGUCAUAACACCAUGACCAAGUUUAAGGACUGCGUGUAAAUCCAACCGUAAACGUUUGUCUCUGUACUAAAGUCUUCAUAGUGUAUCCGUAUCAUUUUGCUGUAAGUAAUUUUAGAUUUAAACUUCAAAACCCUACCCCAGCCCCAGCCACUUUCCCUCUUUCCAGAACCUUACACAGCAAAAUUCUGUUCCUUACGGCCUUGGUGACCAAGAACUAGUUCUCAUGUGGAGAAGUAUUUCUCAUAAGGAGAAUGAGGAAAAUUCCCUCACACGAGAUCACUUUUUAUCACAGGGACUUGUCACAAAUUCUUAACCCAUGAUCUUAUAUAUGUGAAAGAACAGAGAAUCAAUAACAUAUUGUGUCCGAGUACCACGACAUGAGUCAAACUCGGGCCUGUGACAUGAUAAUCUCUAACUCUACCGACUGAGCUGAAGAAGCAUGCUUUGUCUAACCUGAGUUACAGAGACUGUAUUUAACACUAUGUACAAUCCACACUGUUUACACAUGUAUGAAUAAUAGUUUGGGAAUUUACACCCUGAUAGUGCUGUACGUUUGAGUUGUGCCCAUAGUCCAAAAAUACAUUUUUAACUAAAGCGUUUCUAAUAGUUCAAGUGCUUUGAGUGAAUCUUGCCAAAACAUUUUUUUGUAUGUGUUUGGUUCCUCAAAUGGGGUUACUGUAGGUGAUAUUUUUUCAGUAGUAUUAAAAUUGUUUCAGGUACCUGAGUGGGAGCCUUUAUUUUAAUAUUGAUCAAUAAGUUAUGGGAGCUGCAAUGAUAGGCAAGGGAGAUAAUUAACGAAGGCAUUGAGGAUAUAUAAUAAAUUAUAUAUGUAUUUUGUAUUUUUAUGAUAUUUGAGGGAUGUUAGGUCUGAAUAAAAACUCUAGAAUAUUUCGGUAUAUUUUGAAUUUGUGAUUGUUAGUGUAAAGUACUAGACGGUUUGUACAUGAUGUUUGAUUGUAGACUUUAGAUAUUUCAUAUAAUAAUGUCAACAGAUAUUAAAAAUGCUGUGUUGUGACAUUAUAGAGGGACAGGAAACUUGAAUGGAUAAUAUGUUAACCAGUUUAAAUCAGUGGAUUUAUAACUGUUCCUAUUGUCAGUAAACACUUCAUGAUGUAAGGCUCACACCAUUUUACUGUAUAACUUGGUGAUUUUGUAGGGUUGACAUUUUCACUAAUUUGCCAAGUAUUACACUAAUGUAUAUGAUUGAAAUUUUCCUACAAUUUUAUCAGUGUGAGGGAAUUUUGUAUUGUCUGUUGACUAAAGCCCUGGCAUGGCUGCUGAGAAAUACCCUGACACAUAGAGUUGAUGUAGUGUCUAGUAUGAUGCUCUAAUUUCCUCAAUGUGGUGAGAUUCUCAAUAUCUACUCUGCAUGAGGCUGUUGUUUUGUCAGAAUUGAGUAUUUCCAUACUUCCCAAAAAAUGGGCAGUAAUAUUUUCCUCUUUUCAAGCUCGUUGUACAUUUACAGCAUGGCCAUAUAAAAAUCUCAACCAAAGAAGAUAUAUUCUUUAAUAUCUUCUCAGAGGAUGUAUUCAUGAUUGAAAAAUGUUCUGUCUUGUCCCAAAAUGUUGACUAAUACCGUAUCUCCCAGUACUUUUAUUUUCAUAUGCAAAAAUCUCAACCUAAAUGACAACAUUCUUGAAUAUCAUGACUGGAGUUGUGUUUGAUAGUUUUUCCAGACUCAAACCGUGCUAAUCAAUAAAUAUAGGUAUGAGUAUUGGUGACCGAGACAUAUAUUUUGAUACCAAAGACAAAUAAAAAUAUGAACAUUAUUGAAGUAUUAUGUGAUAAUGAAAUUAAAACUAAGAUUUUUAACAGCAAAUGUUAAAUUAGGUGCACAAAACAUUUGACAGAAACACAGGGGCUUGUCACGAAUUCCCAACCCACAGUAUAUAUCUGACACAUGUGUUGAGAAAUCAUGCCAAGUUCCUGUGGACCAGAAAUUUCAAUCUGCAUUUACAUUAUGUUUACUGAGGAGAGAGAAACAGUUGUGUUCUAUAUAUAGGUACCCACGUGGGUGAUGCCCUGUGUUCUAUAUAUAGGUACGCACGUGGGUGAUGCCCUUUACAUAUGUCACAUUAUAAUGUUGUCAAUUAUCUGUGAUGUGUAAAUGUGUUUGUUAAUUAUUUAUAUGUGGUACAUGAAAAUAGUCAAUAUAUAUAUAGAUGGCAAUAAUUUUAUUAUUAAAAUCAUACAAUUCAUAA